GAACUGGACUCAUUGCAGACGGUGCACUCGAUUCGGUAACAUUUGAAGGAACGAUUUCAACGGUUUGUGGCGGUUCAACGAAUUUUGGUGCAAUUUCAGUAGAAAAAUAGUGUUGGUUCGGAAAUUUUCAAAAUAAUUUUCUGUAUUAUUUUGUAACAGUGAAUAUGUUCAGCAAAAACGUAGUCGUGCUUGUAGUGGUUGCCCUGGCCGGGUUCGAAUGUGCUUAUGCUCAAAGCAACAACUGGCGCCGACCGAACGAGACCAACUACUCGGAAGCGUCGUCCGCCACGAACGAUCGCACACAGCGGCUCGGCCUAACCACCGGCUACGGAGGCGGACUCAACGGGUACGGAUACUCCAGCUCGGGCGUCGGAGGUUACGCCCCGCUCAAGAUCGACUUGGGCGGAGUGGUGCUGGGAACACUGGUCGGCAUCGGCGCCCUGCUGAUCCUGCCCAAGCUGGUGACGGCCUUCGGCGGAGGCUACGGUGGACACUACCGUAGCGAGAACGGCGACGGCGACUUCACCCAGCUGCUGAACAAGGUCGACGACAUGCUGGCCCAGAACAACAUCGAUUCGGGAUCGUGCCUGCAGAAGGCCAUCUGCACGUACGUGCAGAAGUCCGACUACCACAUGCAGGUCGGAACCGCCGAUCAGAUCGAGCACAUGAUCCUCGCGCUGGCCGAGAACUCCUUGGUCGACUACAUGCUGGACGGAACCGCCAUCAAGGAAGCGAUCAAGAACGGAAAAGCUCAGAACCGAUCGUGCGAUGAGCUCUAUAAAUCCUGCCCGCUGGAUAGGCAAUCCGCCUAUCAGAUGGCCAGCAAAAUCUUCCGCGUCGGAGGAAACUGAAUGAUUCUCUGAAUAACAAUACUCUCCGCUGUAGUGACGCUGGAACAUUCUCACGCUUGACUUGAUUUGAAUCCGUGCCGUACUUUACAAACUCUCGAAGACCGAAUCACCAGCCUACUACGUUUCGCUUGCUUAAAAACUCACCGUAGGUGACAGGUGCGUUUAGUAAAUCACGAGCAGUGACUCAUGCCAACCUCCACUUUAUCUGGAGUGCAAUAUAGAAUUCGCACGCUUAGAAUAGAUGAACCCAAACGUUUUUCGCGACGGUGGCAGAUAUUCAAGCUGAUUCCAAUAAUGAUGACCCGAUGUCGUCGUCGUCGUCGUAAACGAGUGGUUCUAUUUCAGGAAAAUUCCACACAACUCACCGCGCAUUUCACUUCAUCGCACCUUCAACGCCAUCAUCCAGGUUCGAGGUUAAAUAUUUAGUGUGUAGUUAAGUGUAUUACGAUCCUACCACACGAAAUGGUCUACCGCUGUGAGAGAAGGCCGUAAAUCAACACACCUAGCAGCACAUAAGAAGCAACUGUUUACAACAGUGAAAUUUUAAUUUUUCGGGAAUGCGAGCAAUACUGACACAAACACGUUUGAAAAGGAAUGCACUCUGCGCUGCUGUGAACGUUUGUGUGUUUACACAACCAUUCUUUCUGCUUUUUAAUUAAUCCUUCCAUGCUUCAUGAAACUGCUUUCUAUCGCUUGCAAAACAUAAAUUUUGAAAAUAAAAACCAAAAAAAAAAUGAAGGGGAACCAAUUUUAGUCAUGUAAGAAACAAACGAAGAGACAAACGACUGUAAAUACAUAUUCCAUUUUUUUUUUGCAAUGAACAAAUAAAUAAUUCCAAU